AGUAAAAUAUUUUCACUUCACAACUUUACAUGGGUGAACAACUAAAAAAUAUUAGGAUACUUACCUCUCCAAGUCUAAUGUCGCAGGCGUUGCGGUCGUCGUUUCCAAAAACUCUUCUUCUCUUUCGUCUUCUCUUUCUUCUUCUCUUUCUUUUUCUUCUUCGUUUUAGUUUAAGGUAAGCGCAGACAACGUUAAAAUAUUACGCCACCUACUGUUUUCCGGCUUCUUCUUCUUCUGACGUUAAUUGAUGGCAAACAACGCGUGAUGUCCGCCGCUGUCUGAUAGAAAGCGUGAAUUUUCUGAAUUGCCUUCCUUUGAAAGUUACACAGAGCCAAAAAUGGCUAUUUUCAGAUGGACAUAUAAGGAGAAAACCAACUGAAAUUUGGCACGGCACCCCAUGAAUCUGUCCAAUCAUAUUUGCUCUUCCUGGAAAACACGCAUGCAAAUUUAGUGAGCGGAUGUGACUUGUUUUCGAUUGGAAGAAACAAUUCAGCAUCGAAGGAAUAACGACUGAAAGUAAGUAAUACCAUUUAUUGUUUUUGUUUUGGUAUUUAAAUUACUUUAACACACACGAGUUAUUAUUUAUUAAACUAAUGUAACGUCACUGUGUUACGAAAAUAGAGCUAUAAAUGCCGCACCUUGCUAGAAGCUAUGAGGCAUCGCAAGUGAUAAGCUACACUUUAUACAUCCCAUAGUGAAAUAACAAUGAUAGAAAUAAAUGUACAGAGAACAUUGGAAGUGGAACAAUAUAAAUUACUGAACAUACACUGCUUCAACAUAAUAUAGAGUUUUACAUUUACAAGAAGUUCCACUGUAUAUUCCAGCAACCUUUGUCUGUAUUUACAUAGUAUUGGAGUGUUGAAAUGACAAAACGAAAACCUGGAAAACGAUGAAGAACUGGUAAAGAAGUCGACUCAAAUGAACGAUCAAGAAGGACUGUACAAUUGUUAUCCCGUCCUGCAGCCACCAAUGUGAAUGUGGAGACUGAUGAGCAAUGUCUAAGAGGUAGCAGCAGGGGAACACUGCAGGAGGUGGUGCCUCCUGAAGGAGCCCAAAACACUGCUCUUCAAAUGGAACACAUCCAACCUCCAGGUGUCCAUGCAGGAUGUACCACUCUGGAACAUCAAGCCUCUCCCUACCUGCCAGCACAUGAAAAUAUUUCUACUUUUGACACUAUCAAAGACAAUGGAAAACCAUUUUCCAGAUCAGCCCUCAUAGAUCCUCCUGAUGGCCUAACAACUGAACUACAUGUCGAUGCUGAGUAUGAUCCAUCUCAAUCAUUUGAGGAAUCUCUCCCUGAUAUGGGAGAUUGGAUGUACAAUGGCGGACAUACGUUUAAUGAAGGAUUUGAAGAUAGUUUGAGUGAGGAGUGUGCAGAAGAGUCAAAUUUCAAGGACACAACAGACAAACCAAUAUAUGACAAUGCAUCAGGGCAGCACGGUGGUAGAGGGGUUAGUGCAUCUGCCUCACAAUACGAAGGUCCUGAGUAGUCCUGAGUUCAAUCCCGGGCUCGGGAUCUUUCUGUAUGGAGUUUGUAUGUUACCCCCGUGACUGCGUGGGUUCCCUCCGGGUACUCCGGCUUCCUCCCCCCUCCAAAAACAUGCACCUGGGGAUAGGUUGAUUGGCAACACUAAAUUGGCCCUAGUGUGUGAAUGUGAGUGUGAAUGUUGUCUGUCUAUCUGUGUUGGCCCUGCGAUGAGGUGGCGACUUGUCCAGGGUGUACCCCGCCUUCCGCCCGAUUGUAGCUGAGAUAGGCUCCAGCGCCCCCCGCGACCCCGAAGGGAAUAAGCGGUAGAAAAUGGAUGGAUGAAUGGAUGGCAUCAGUAACCUUGGCACAGUGCCUUCUGAUCAUCAUGGGUUAUGUAAACUGUCAUAAAGUCACUGAUAAGGCCCGAAGCGAUUUGCUGAAAAUGUUCAAAAUGCUUUGUCCCGAUACAAACUGCUUAAACAGGGUGCAGAAGUUCAAAAAAAUUUUUUUAUCCCGCUCUGCAUCAUCGCCUAUUUUAUUACAUAAAUACUGCAGUAAUUGUUUUGGGCCAUUAGAAAGUAAACAAAUAAAAUGCCUGUCUUGUGGGACCAGUGUGUCAGAAGAAAGAUCCUCAUCCUUUAUAGAGGUUCCAAUUAAGGCUCAAAUAAGGUCAUUGUUCCUCAAGUCAGGUUUUCAGGAGAAGCUUAACUUUAGAUUAAGUAGAAAGAAGGCAGAUGCUAACAACAUUGAAGCUAUAUAUGAUGCAGAAGUUUACAAACAGCUUGUCGAUAGGGGUGGUCCUCUUAGUGACCCUAAAAACAUCUCACUUACCUGGAACACCGAUGGGGUACCUAUUUUCAAAUCAUCCAAGUUUUCAGUGUGGCCUUUUUAUUGUAUCAAUGAAUUGAGCUUCAUGGAACGCACAAAAAGAGAAAAUAUGAUAUUUGCUGGACUUUGGUAUGGGGAUUCAAAACCAUCCAUGGUUACAUGUUUGAGACCACUAAGUGACACACUGAGUAAGCUUGUAGGCGAUGGAAUUAUUGUGCAACCUGCAGAGUUGACAUCUGAACCUUUUGUGUGUAAAGUGCUCACCAUUGCUGGAACAUGCGACUUACCUGCUAAAGCAUUAGUCCUUAAUUCAGUGCAAUACAAUGGGAAAUUUGGAAAGACUGUGAAAACCGGGGAAAGAGGACACGUCCAUGUAUUUCCAUUCCAACAUAGAGAUCCAAAGGGGCCACUGCGCACCAAUGAAAAGUUUGUACUGGAUAUGAAAAUCGCAAAUGAAACCAAAACCAUUGUCAAAGGCAGUGCCGGCCCAAGCCUCCAUGGGGCCCUAAGCAAAAUUUGAUUUUGGGGCCCUCUAUUUCUGCCAAUAAUAUUGAUUGUUGAUCAU